AUGGUAAGAGCUUGGUACAUGGACGACGACACAACGGCGGACCAGCGCCUGGAGCACCACAAAACCCCUCCGGAAUUCAUCGGACUGGACGACCUACUAAAACUAACGGGAGUCGAAUACUUCCAGCUCGACACCAAAACCUUACAAACCGAUGGAAAACUGGAAGCCAUCAAAACACAGAGAGGCUACAAUUACGAGGACGAAUUGGUGUGCUCGAAAGAGUGCCUCCCGAACUACGAAGACAAACUGAAAAUUUUCUACACGGAACAUUUGCACACCGACGAAGAAAUCAGAUUGGUCGUGGAAGGAUCGGGAUAUUUCGAUGUGAGAGACGAGCGCGACCAGUGGAUAAGGAUCGAAGUCACGCCGGGCGAUUUGCUCAUCUUGCCCAGCGGCAUUUACCACAGAUUCACGUUGGACAGCAACAAUUUCAUCAAAGCCAAGCGAUUCUUCAUCGGCGAGCCGGUGUGGACCCCGUUCAAUCGCCCCUGCGACGACAUGGAUUGCAGAAAGAAAUACUUAACUAACAUUCGAAAAGGAGCGUUUAUAACUGGCACUCGUUAA